AGGUUCUGUUACAUACCUUAUAUCGGGGCAGGUACAAGAGCUCAUGUACCCAUUUUCCGACAUUCUAACUUUUGCCAUCCGGGUGGGUGGCGUGGCUUGCGGCCAAAGCGGCACCUCCGGUUGCGUGCAGUUCCAAGUGCCCAGGUUCUGGAGCGCAUGGUGGCGCCAUCACGUUCCUCAUCCUCUCAUCUCUGCCCACUUAUUGUGUACACACGGCGAUUCGUUUCUGGGCGGCGGUUUGCGGUUCUUGCUGAAUGUAUCAUUACUCCGCCGAUGACGAGCAUGUUCCGACGCUGGGGCAGCAGGCCGUAGCACGCACGCAGAACCGCCGACAUGGACGAGAAGAAGGGGAAUGACCGGAGUGAGCCCUUGCCAACCGAUACGUCCUCGCCCACUGGCCAUGAUCUACUCCACCCCGCCGCGCAUCAAAGGCACUGGGAACACACUCUCCAGGGUGCGCAAGAGUGGUUCAAUCAACACGCGCCGCACGCACGCCGGAAGAAGCGGCGGUCCUCACUGAUCCUGCACCGCAUGCAGACGGGAAAGCGAUGGUGGAAAUUUACGCUGCGGCCGUGGGACGAUGACGAGUAUCAGGAUUGGUGGUUUGCAGGCACGGCCAUCCCGCUGCUGGCGGCGACCAUCGGUCCGCUGGCCAACGUCUUCUCCAUCGCCGCACUCGUGACCUACUGGCGCAUGUGCGUGGUGGAAGCCGUGAGCGAUUAUGCUGCGGCGGCCAAGUGCGUGUGGGAUGGGAAUCCAAACUCGCUCGUGCUGGACCUGAAUGGGCAUUACUACCCCGAUCCGUCGUGGUGCAUCCAUUUGAACAUUGUCUCGCUGGUUGCGGGUGUCGUGGGCAACUUCUUCCUGCUGUGCAACUUCACCGGCCGCAUCCGGUAUAUCAUCGCUCUGCCUGUCACCAUCCUCAUGUGGUACGUGGCAACCGGCAUCCUGAUCGGCAUCGUCUCCGCCAUGGCUACACAGGUCGCGCCACACUCGCCUCAACAGAUCUACUCUGAAGGCUUCUGGUAUGCGGUGCUGGCGGCCGUGCUAUACUUUAUCAGCUCCAUGAUGCUCAUGAUCAACAUGCUGGGGUAUUUCCUCGGCCACUACCCGCAGCACUUCAACUUGACCGAUUCUCAACGCACUCUCAUCCUGCAAUCCAUCCUAUUCUUCGUCUGGCUGGCCGGUGGAGCGGCCGUCUUCUCGACCGUCGAAAGCGCAUAUGGGACCGAUCCGAGUCAGAACUGGAGCUACGUCAACGCCCUCUACUUCUGUGACGUGACCAUUCUGACCGUUGGCUUUGGAGAUUUGUACACCACUAGCAACCUCGGCCGCGGAUUACUCUUCCCGUAUGCCAUCGGCGGCAUCAUCAUGCUGGGUUUGAUGGUGUCGAGUAUAGCCAAGUUUGCGAGCGAGAUUGGGUCGACAAAUAUCGUGAGGAAGCAUACAGAGAUAAGUCGGGCCAAAACCGCGGGCCGAACCAUCACCAGCUCGUUAGAUCUCGACCGCGAUCGCGCACCCACCUUUGCCACGGACGCCUUUCCUACCAUCUCCGCUCCCAGCAAUCCUCACGAUCGCUCCCGAGACACGGCAAUAGCAUUUGCCGACGACAGUGCCCAACCUGCGCCACGGGAGAAUCUCACGCUGCGCAAGGUCGCCAGUCUCGUCACAAAGGCCCCCGGCCAACGCAAGCCGAAAUUGCUCAUCCUGCGCGAGGAGAGAGACCGCUUCAACGCCAUGCGGCACAUCCAAAUGAACACGGCAAAGUUCAAGAAUUGGUAUGCGCUCGGGGCGUCCAUCACCGCCUUUGGCAUCCUCUGGUGUGUGGGCGCGGUGGUGUUUUGGCGGGCGGAGCGUGUCAUCCAAGGCAUGACCUAUUUUGAAGCGCUCUACUUUUGCUACGUCUCGCUGCUGACGAUUGGGUAUGGUGACUUUGCGCCGCAAUCCAAUGUGGGCCGCCCGUUUUUCGUGCUGUGGUCGCUCAUCGCCGUGCCCACGAUGACCAUUCUCAUUUCCGACCUGGGCGCGACGGUGAUUAACAAGUUCAAACGUGGGACAUUUCGGGUCGCCGACUUUACCCUCCUGCCGAGAUAUGGCGUGUGGCGGGAGUGGCUGGACAAGCAUCAUCGCUUUCGCCGGUGGUUGCUGGAGCGCAAGCAGGCGAAAGAAGAGCGAAAGAGGUUGGAGGCUGGCUUCCAAGUGGGACCCGAGUUGGAACACCGAGAGUCGCACGGCCCCACGAUUGAAGACCUGGCCGCCAAAGAACCAACGAGACCGCAGCUGGCGAAAAAACUGACGACCAAGAUCCGGCAGGUGGCGGAGGAGAUGAAGCGCGAGCCGAAUAAGCGGUAUUCGUACGAGGAAUGGGUGGAAUUUACGCGGUUGAUUCGCUUCACUGCGCGGCACGAUGAGCACGGCAUGAUCCUGAGGGGUACGGCGGAGGAGGAAGAGGAGGACUUGAUUGAGUGGGAUUGGAUUGGCGAGGACAGUCCGCUGCUGGCCAAAGUGGGCGAGCCGGAGUUUGUGCUGGAUCGAUUGUGCGAGAGUAUGCAUCGGUUGAUUCGUGCUGUUGCGAAGGUGCAAGCGGAGGAGGCGGAGGGGAAGGAGGGAAAGAUGCCGGUGAGGCCUGUUGGGGGGAGGCCACAGAAUUCGGAGGAGGAUGAUGAUGAUGAUGACGAUGAUGAUGAUGACGGUGGGUUGGAGCGGAGGAGUCUGGGGUAUACCACUGACAGGGACUCGAUGGAUGGUGUCGAUCCGCUGGAUGUCCGGCAGUGCAGGAGGGCCACCACGGCUGAAGGACCCUCGUCUCUUCCGUCGACUGCUUCUUAUUCGGGUGGGUGAGUUGGGUUGGAACUGGACCAGAAGCCUGUGACGUCUUGGCGGUUGCUACGAGAAAACCGCUGUUGCAUGAGACAAACAGUUGUGUACUCACCCUGCAUUUGCCAGACAAUGUCGGGAGGUUGAGUGGGAGGCAACA